UAGAAGCAGCUCUUCACAGAGAUGAUGCAGAGUUUAUUAGUGACCUAAUCGCCUGCUUGCUUCAGGGCUGCUAUCAACGAAGGGAUAUUACGCCUCAGACAUUCCACAGCUACCUAGAGGACAUCAUUAACUACCGCUGGGAACUAGAGGAAGGGAAACCCAACCCGCUGAGAGAAGCCAGUUUCCAAGACCUGCCUCUUCGUACGCGUGUGGAGAUCCUACACCGCCUCUGUGAUUACCGGCUAGAUGCAGAUGAUGUCUUCGAUCUUCUCAAGGGUCUAGAUGCAGACAGUCUCCGUGUGGAGCCAUUAGGUGAAGAUAAUUCUGGGGCACUAUAUUGGUAUUUCUAUGGAACUCGAAUGUACAAGGAGGACCCAAUACAAGGAAAAUCCAACAGAGAACUCUCUUUGAGAAGGGAAAGUGAAGGACAAAAAAAUGGCUCAGGUAUUCUUGGGAAAACAGGAAAAAGAAGAGGAAGACCCCCCAAACGGAAGAAACUACAGGAGGAAAUUAUAGUGAGUGAGAAGCAGGACAAAAAUUCCAUGGCAUCUGAGCCACAGACAAGAAAUGGGCCAGGUCAAGGCACUUGGUGGCUCCUGUGCCAAACAGAAGAAGAAUGGAGACAGGUCACUGAGAGUUUUCGAGAGAGGACCUCCCUUCGAGAACGGCAGCUCUAUAAGCUCCUCAGCGAGGAUUUCCUACCCGAGAUCUGCAACAUGAUUGCCCAGAAGGAGACUCCUAUGAUUACCAGAAUAGAAAAACAGAAGCGCAAAGAGGAGGAAGAAGAACGUCAACUUCUUAUAGCAGUGCAGAAGAAGGAGCAAGAGCAGAUGCUAAAGGAAGAGAAGAAAAGAGAGUUGGAGGAAAAGGUCAAGGCAGUGGAAGACCGAGCUAAGAGGAGAAAGCUCAGGGAAGAAAGGGCAUGGCUGCUGGCUCAAGGCAAGGAGCUCCCCCCAGAGCUUUCUCACCUGGACCCUAAUUCCCCCAUGAGGGAAGAAAAAAAGACUAAAGACCUCUUUGAGUUGGAUGAUGAUUUCACUGCUAUGUAUAAAGUUCUAGAUGUGGUAAAGGCUCACAAGGAUUCCUGGCCCUUUUUAGAACCUGUGGAUGAAUCUUAUGCCCCAAACUAUUAUCAGAUUAUUAAGGUACCAAUGGAUAUUUCAAGCAUGGAGAAGAAACUAAAUGGAGGUUUAUACUGUACCAAGGAGGAAUUUGUAAAUGACAUGAAGACAAUGUUCAGGAAUUGUCGAAAAUAUAAUGGGGAAAGUAGUGAGUAUACCAAGAUGUCGGAUAAUUUAGAGAGGUGUUUCCAUCGGGCAAUGAUGAAGCAUUUUCCCGGCGAAGAUGGAGACACAGAUGAAGAAUUUUGGAUCAGAGAGGAUGAAAAGCGGGAGAAGAGACGGAGUCGGGCUGGGCGAAGUGGUGGAAGCCACAUUUGCACCCGCUCCAGGGACUCCGAAGGGCCCAGCAGGAAACAGCAGCCUGUGGAGAAUGGAGGAAAAUCAUUGCCACCUGCACACAGAGCUCCCUCCUCUGAGGCUGGUCAGAGCGGCAGCUCUACACAGCUCCCUCAGGAGGUGGGCACACCAAGUAACCAAGGCCUUCCUCGUCCCCUGCAUUAUGGUGGGAUGCCCAACCAGGCACCCCUUUUAAACCAGCUGAGGCCAGCAGUACCUGGAACAUUUGGCCAUCUUCGAGGGUCAGAUCCUGCCAAUGUAUAUGUCUCCUCGAGAGUCCCAGAACCACACCCUGGGGAGCCUGCGCAGCAGCAUCCACCUUUUGCCUUGCAGCCUCCAGUUGGAAUUAACAAGCAUCGAGGACCCAGGCUGGGCAUGCCCGAAGAGAAGCAAAUGUGUGGGGGGUUGAGGCACCUUUCUAACAUGGGAUCACAUCCUGGUUCCUUGCCUCUUGGGCAGAUGAGUGGCCCCAGUCAGGAUAGAAAUAUGUAUCCCCCAACUCAAUUCCAGCCAGGAUUUAUUCCUCCCAGGCCUGGAGGGAUUCCAGCCCGACCCCCAGACUUUCCUGAAAGCUCAGAAAUUCCUCCCAGCCACAUGUACCGAUCAUACAAAUACCUGAAUCGAGUACACCCUGCUGUCUGGAAUGGGAACCACAGUACUGCAAACCCAAGACCCUUAGGGCCAGAUGAAAAGCCCCUCAUGGGGACAGGACCGUCCCACCUGCCUCACACUCUUGGUCACAUGAUGGAUUCCCGAGUGAUGAGACCACCUCUUCCUCCAAACCAGUGGACUGAACAAUCAAGCUUUCUACCUCAUGGCAUUCCUUCUUCAGGGUACAUGCGACCGCACUGUAAAUCCGGUGGGCAUCGGUUACAGCCACCUCUAGCACCCAGUCCCCUGUUUGGAGCACCCUCCCAGGUUCUGAGAGGGGUGCAAGGAGGGGACUCCAUGAUGGACAGCCCAGAGAUGAUCGCCAUGCAGCAGCUUUCCUCACGUGUUUGCCUGCCCGGUGUGCCUUACCACCCCCGACAGCCUGCUCCCCCACAUUUACCUGGCCCUUUUCCACAGGGAGCUCACUCAGCAUCAGUUAGUGUGUCAGCCCCCAAGCCUGCCUUGGGGAACCCUGGGAGGACACAGGAUAACAGUGAAAUAGAAGAGCCUGAAAAUGACCGAGCAGAUCCCUUACCUGAGCUUGAGAAGCCACCAAGCGUUGGUGCCUCAGAGGGGGUAUACCUCAAACAACUACCUCACACUACACCGCCCUUACCGACCAACUGUACCAGGCAGAGUUCGCCACAAGAAAGGGAAGCAGAGGGCCCAGAGCUCAAAAAUGACUCCUCAGCAUCUGAAAACAACUGUCAGGCAACAAAGGGCAAAAAUACCUGGCCCUCGGAGAGUGGCUACAUCAGCCCAGCAGCCCAGGGAUGUAUGAGGGACCUUUCCACUCUGGCAAAUAGAGGAGCUCUGCCUGAAAAUGGAGUGGUGGUUGAAGUACCCACUUGUGGAUCAGAAGGGAAGGGCCUUGGUGGUAGUGGUACAGAAAAGCCACUCUGCCCCAGAGGUAAAACAUUGCAGGAAACCAUUUCGUGUUCAGGACAGAACCCAGCUACACCUCCCAAUGCAGACCCCAAUUUGAUGGAAAGCACUGUCAGUCAGUUUUCUCCCUUGUACAUGCCUGGCCUGGAAUACCCAAAUUCAGUUGCACAUUAUCACAUCAGUUCAGGCCUACAAGGUCUUGGCCCUGUGAUGGAAGGUAAACCCUCAGUAUCACAUCUUCAGCAUUUUCCCCCGAGGGGCUUUCAUUCUAACAGCCCUCAUUCUGGAGUCUUUCCCCGUUAUCGCCCCCACCAAGGAAUGAGAUAUUCCUACCAGCCACCACCUCAGCCUUCCUACCAUCACUAUCAGCGAACUCCUUACUACACAUGUCCACAGGGCUUUUCUGAUUGGCAGAGACACCUUCAUCCCCUGGGAAGCCCAAGUGGGCUCCCACCUAGCCAGCCUCCCCCUCCAAGACCCCUCUUCUCAGAUAAGAAUGCCAUGGUUAAUCUACAAGGCUGUGAGACACUAAAUGCUGCCUUAACUUCCCCAACCUGCAUGGAUGCAGUGGCUGCUAAGGUCGGUGCAACUGAUGGGCAGAAUCCUGGUCCAGAGGAAGAGAAGCCAGAUGAAUCUAUGGAGAGGCCAGAGAGUCCCAAAGAAUUUUUAGACCUGGACAACCAUAAUGCAGCUACCAAGCAACAGAGUUCAUUGUCAGCCAGCGAGUAUCUUUAUGGGACUCCUCCUUCACCUCUGAGUUCAGGGAUGGGGUUUGGUUCAUCUGCUUUCCCACCUCAGGGUGUGAUGCUACAAACAAGGCCUUCCUAUACACCUCACCAGCCGGCCAGUCAUCUCCAGCCCAGGGCAUAUUCUUCCCCUGUGGCUGCUCACCCACCUCACCAUCCAGUGGCUGCCCAGCCCAAUGGCCUCUCUCAGGAGGGCCCCAUCUACCACUGUCAGGAAGAGGGCCUGGGCCACUUUCAGACUAUAAUGAUGGAACAAAUAGACACUGGAAGUGGAAUAAGGGGACCUUUUCAAGAAACAUACAGACCAUCAGGAAUGCAAAUGCAUCCAGUCCAGUCACAGUCCUCUUUCCCAAAGACCCCAGCACCAGCAACAUUGCAGGAAGAGCUGCCACCACAUAAGCCCCCAACACUCUCUCUUGAUCAGAGCUAGUCCAAGGAGGAAAUAACCCCUAAGAAAACAGAAAGCUGCACAUGAAUACUGGAACAUGGAGAAUUUCGGGGAACAAUCCUCGCCCAUCUUUAUUCCUGUCACCCUGCCGUGCCCCCUCACAGUGUACCACCUCAUGCCAUCCAGGAGCUGGAGCCAUGCCCACAGCCCUAGAACCACUCUGCUCAAAUAACUUAACACACAGCUUGCAAGAGUCCUGGUCAGAGAUCUCUUGCAUGGCUGGUAGUCAAGAACAAAUGAAUUGUAGUUAAUGAUGGCUUCCAGGUCCUGAGACUUGUUCAGGGAAAAUCAUCUAAAACUUGGGAGGGGCGUACAUAAGCAUGGAAUGGAGUGGUGCUUGUAAACUUUCAUGAGCAGCUAAACUCAGGUAUAUAUUUGGGGAAGGAACUACUCAUGGUAUUGUCUUUGGAGCUGGGUCCAGUUUACAGAAUUUUCACGUUGCCUUUUAAAAUAAUUUUUGUUGGUGAUGGUGAAUGUAUGUACAUAAACUGGGAAGGUGGGUAGGAAUCUGGAAAAAAUGGAAGUCCUAACUCUCGUGGGCACACCACACUGGAGUGAUCCUUAUCUGUUUACAAUCACAUCACACUGAAUAUUUGGGGAACUAGAGAAGAGGGUAGAAAAGAAACUCUUAUAAGUCACUGUGUAUUCCUCAGUGGCCAGCUGUCCUUUAAGAGUAAAGGCUUUCUUUCCAAUCAGCCCAAGAGAGUUUUAGUCCACUGCCCCCUAACUGUUCAGUUUCUCAGUUCAGAGGCAGUCUCACGGCCUUCUAGAAGUUUCCGCCCAGAAGACAGCCUGCCCUCUUGUCUGGUGGCUCAGGUCUUAGACUGGGAGAUCAGUGCCCUUCCUGGUUUGCCACCAGCUCUACCAGAGCUGUAAACCAAUUUCUGGAAUUGGGAUCACUGGAGUAUUUUCUUCUUAGAAGAGAAAAUGAUUUAUCCUCUUCACAGGCCUGCUGGGACUGUGAUCUGGAAGGCAUCACACAAAGCUUUCUGGCACAAAUCACAUUUUGUGGAAGUGACUACUCAGGUUUGUAUAUGUUAGUAUCAAUAAAGAAAUUGCACAGUUUUGAAUAGGGAAAAUGUAUUCUAUAGGUUUACAGUUGGAAUUUAGGAAUAUUUCACUAUAUAUAGUCCUUAUUUUAAAUGUAAAAUAAGUCAUGGUGGUUUAAAAUAGCUAUCAAGAACAAGUUUCGGGGAAUCGUUUGUCGUAUAUGUGAUAGGAAACAAUUUUACAGUAUUAAAUUACUUUAUUACAGUUUUAGAAGUGAAUUACACUGGAUUCUCCCUGUUUAGCAUUCUGUAUUUGAUUUUAGUUGAGAUGCCACCAAAGUUAGGGCUUAUAUAAAUAUCCCACAAAGAAAGAACUAAGGAAAAUGCCCUGAAAUUAAUAGAUUUUUUAAAGAAUAGCAUAUUUUUAAGCAUGCCUUUGGGAUAGUGGAAAAGCUACCAAGGUAUAUUAAUCUGUCCUAUUUACUUAUAAAUUCAUCUGUGUGAAGUGCCAAUAGAACCUUUCACUCCAAUAUCCUGAUGAAAUGUGAAACUGUCAUUUAAAGUUUGCUAAACAUAUGCUAUCCUUAGGAAAAGAAACAAAUUGGAAACAUUUGUUAUACAAAUGGGCCCCAAGACACAGCUCCAGUAUAAGGGAAAUUCAUACACAUAAAGGCAUUCUUGUUGACCUGGCAGUGUGGCUCAUGGCUCAGGCAUGACUGAAUUGAGUAGAGAACACAGGUGUCUGCCUCUAAGAUACGAUGGACAACAAUAUGAAUUUUUCUCUAACAGGCUUUAAUUUUAAAUUUGGUAUGCUUUUAAGUGGAAUGAGUUUGGAGGCUAUGUUCUCAUUCUAUCCUAAUUUUUGUUAGAAACAUAUUGUGGGCAUAAUCUGGUUUAGAGAAAUGCAGAGCUCAACAUUCUCUGCAAGAAGAGCAGAUUAGAAGGUUUGUGGGCAGGUCUCCGCCAGCCCUUAAGCUAGUUCGUGUGGAAGGUAGCAUGGUGGAAGUAUUAUUACUUCUGUUUCUGUGUAUGUGCAAAAGCAGGAAGGAGAGGGAAAGACCAGUUGGUCUUUAGAGCUAGCAUAGGUCUGGCUAGACCUGGUCUUAGCCCAGAGCAUUCUGUCACUGACAGCCUCUCUUUUUACAUUAAAGCAGAUUUGAGUGAGAGGCCUUUUCUCCUUCCUGAACUAGGAACACACUAACCAUAGGUACUCUUCCUUGAUGCUAAUGCUGUAGGGAUUGUUUUGUGCUGAACUCCCUGGAGCAUGGAUAGGAGAAGAGUGGAAGCAAUAGUUGGCUGAUAUGUACCCUUUCCUUCCGCCCUGGUUGCAUUUGAGCAGCUGUGUACACACUGCUUAAGGUAAUUGUAAUCCUUUCUUCUCACUCCCAGCCCUUUAUCUAUCCCCUAUUGUUAGAAGCUGUGAAGAGUAUAGGGAAAAAAUCAGUAAAUUCUUUUAUCCUUAAUCUUCCUUCUUGCUAAUGUAGAGAGGUGAGGAAAUAAUUAAGGCAAAUGAUAGAAAAUUGAACUACUGUAUUAAAUUAUCACACUGUGAAAAGGGGCAACAGAAACAUGUCAGCCUUGCUGCAUCCUGUGUGGAAAUUUGGUUGUGUGUUACAGGUACUUCAUCCCUGUCUGGUAUAUCCUGAGCUUUAACUGGCCUUUGAAGUGCAGAUAUUCUAGAAGCCAUCAAGAGCUGUAGGAUUAUAGGAGUACCUAUGAUAAACUGCUAUAGGCUGCUCAUCCACACAUUCCCCUAGCAGGCUCUUUUUUUCUGACCUUUUCUUUCUCCUCUGGCACUCUUUCCAAGUGUCUUAAGCAGAUGCAUUUGCCAUCUUCUCCAUUAGGGAAUGAAUGGUGAUCAUGUAACAUGCUAUACUAGACAGUGGAGUGUAAGGAGAUCCUAAGAAGUUCUGCUUUCAGGCUAGAAGGACUUACACACUGGAUCACUGCAGCCUUGUCACGGUGCUGGCGCUCAGUAGUCCCUAAGAAGGUCAGCUGCACUCUGAAGGAUGAGUCUCACACCUAUUUGAUUUUAUAUUAAUGGCUAACCUUUAUUGGAGUUGGUAAUAUUUCCCCAAGACCCAAGAGAAAUAAAACAUCCAGAACGAAAAGGAGAGCCUUUUGAAAGAUUUCUGGUUUGGAUGCUUUUCCCCCCUCAGAGUCUGUUCAUUUAAAAAAUUAGCUAUUGGCUAAAAUUUAUUAUGGUAUGCAUUUGGAGAAUAAGGAAGGACAAAAUAUGCAGAUUCUUGUUCAUAGAAUUUUUCCAUCCCAAUUUUUAAAAAUAAAAUGUGAAGUCACUCCAUCUCUCCUUAGGUUGGUUAGUUCUUCUGAUCGUUUAUAGUUCUUCUGAUCGUUUAUAUGAGCUUAUUAACAGUAAGCCCAACAGCUGCUCUCAAAAGGCAAACUUUUCCAUGCCCAUCUUCAUUUUUUGUGGUAGUUUGUACCCUUUAGUCCAGUCAAACCUCAGCAUGUGAGUGUCAACUUGCCCUAGCCUAGUCCUCAGACCUUGGAAGUGCUUGUCCUGACUAACCAUUUGGUGUCUGUGGCACUUAUCUGCUGUAUCGUUAUUUAUACUAACUGUUACUGUCCAAAACACAAAAUUUCUUUGUUGGUUGAACUUUUUUUUGCUUUUUUUUUUUUAAUGGACUUUGAAAUCUAGAAAUAAUAUACUGCUCUUAAGACCUGCUUUGAAACUUCACAGGAAGUCUUAAUCCAGCAGUCCCAAAGCAAGGACAGUUACAUAGUGUCAGAAUCCUGGCAUGUUUUCAGAGAAACUGUUGUUAAGGAAAUGAAAGGCUUAAAGUUUUCUAGCAUUAUUGCCCCCCUUUGUGUCUGUCAGUCCAUUUGCUCUCCCCUCCCCACCACCGGAUUCUGCAUGGAGUCCAGUUGUAAGAAUGAGUGAAGGACUGUUCAACCCUGGGGCUUUCUGGGGUGCAGUAUUCCUGCAGACAGCACUGUUCAACACUACAGUGAGAAGAUAGUUGGAAUUUUGGUUGAGCAUGCAGGGGCUCACAUCACUGUCUAGGAAGCAAGACUGUGUCUAGGAGGCUUUCUGUGUGAGAAGAAACCAGACCCCCUUUUUCUUUUUGGGUGGGUUGGAAUCUACCAUGCAUCCUUAGGACACUGAGCCAUGUCAUCUCUCCUAUGGAUCUGUGCAUAAGCUUUGUCUGCAGGCUGAGUUUUUAUCCCUCUCUGCUUUGUAGGACCUUUGCUAAACAGACUUUUGGAGAAGCUGUCUCCUGGCUAGUCCCUUUAAUUCUGCACCAGGGAUUUACUGAACCUUUAUGUAGAGAUGCCUGAUAACCAACUAAUUUUCCUGUGCAUUGGGGUUGGAAACGGGUAUGGAUAUUUAAUAAGUUACUGAAAAUGCUGAGCCCCUGUUCACACACUGUGGGACCCCUUUUCCAUAGCUGGGAUCAGGCACCUCACCCUCCUGCCUUGCACACAGCUCCUGGGAGCCCAGGCCAGUGUCCACUAGCCUGUGGCACACAGGGUCAGGGAUUCUUUGUGCCUGCUGCAAAGGCUCUGAACUUUGCUGGCCAAUACUGGAAAGGGGAAUGGUAUUUAUUUUUAUAUUGUGUAUAUUUUGUCGUGCUCUGCUGAUUCCCUGUUUAAGAGCGACACUUACCUCAAUAGUUAGUUCAAUAUUGUGUGUUGGAUAAUUUUUGGAAAGAACUUUUUAAAAAGCUUUUUGAUCUUUGGAGGUCUGUAGAUUUAUUUCCAUAUGAACUGGUUAUUUUGUAUAAAGUACAUUCUUAAAAUAGCAA